CAGCAUAUUCGCAGUCGGCGCGGCGGGGUGGGAGGCGGCGGAGGUCAAGUCGAGGAGGCGGGGCGGGCGCAGCAUGGCAGCCUCCUUGCGGCUCCGAGCAGCAGCCUCUGGCUUCUGGUACUGGAGCGGCCGGCGACGCGCGGCCGGCCUUACAGAGGUGUGUUCUAGGUCAAUGGCUUCUAAGACUCCAGUUGGAUUCAUUGGACUGGGAAACAUGGGGAAUCCAAUGGCAAAAAAUCUCAUGAAGCAUGGCUAUCCACUCAUUAUUUAUGAUGUGUUCCCUGAUGCCUGCAAAGAGUUUCAGGAGGCAGGUGAACAGGUAGUAUCUUCUCCAGCAGAUGUAGCCGAAAAGGCUGACAGAAUUAUUACCAUGCUGCCCACCAGCGACAAUGCAGUAGAAGCUUAUUCUGGAGCAAAUGGGAUUCUGAAAAAAGUGAAGAAAGGCUCAUUAUUAAUAGAUUCCAGUACAAUUGAUCCUUCAGUUUCCAAAGAAUUGGCAAAAGAAGUUGAGAAAAUGGGAGCAGUUUUCAUGGAUGCCCCUGUUUCUGGUGGUGUAGGAGCUGCUCGGUCUGGGAACCUCACGUUUAUGGUGGGAGGAGUUGAAGAUGAAUUUGCUGCUGCCCAAGAGUUGCUGGGGUGCAUGGGCUCCAGUGUGCUAUAUUGUGGAGCUGUUGGGACUGGGCAGGCCGCAAAGAUCUGCAACAACAUGCUGUUGGCUAUUAGUAUGAUUGGAACUGCUGAAGCUAUGAAUCUCGGAAUCAGGUUAGGGCUUGACCCAAAACUAUUGGCUAAAAUCCUGAAUAUGAGCUCAGGACGAUGUUGGUCAAGUGACACUUACAAUCCUGUACCAGGAGUAAUGGAUGGAGUUCCCUCAGCUAAUAACUAUCAGGGUGGAUUUGGAACAACGCUCAUGGCUAAGGACCUGGGAUUGGCACAAGACUCUGCCACCAACACGAAGAGCCCAAUCCUUCUAGGCAGCCUGGCCCAUCAGAUCUAUAGGAUGAUGUGUGCAAAGGGCUACUCAAAGAAAGACUUCUCAUCUGUGUUCCAGUAUCUACGAGAAGAGGAAACCUUCUGACUGUGCCUUCUGGCCAUGGACACUGUUGAGAACAAACUCUGUCUAGAGCUUUCUUCUAGCUCACUCUACAAGUAAAUGGGUUUAAUCAAAGGUCAUCUGUCUGCUUUUGAUUGUCUAUAUUACAAUAAUCCCUGGGAUUUUUCACCCAUUUUUAAAUGCUGCUUUCCAUCUGUUUAGCAAACAUACCUGAUUUUUUUUUUUUUCUGCAAGCCACUGAUGGUUUCUGCUAACUAGCUCAGUUGACCUUUUUAAAAAGUUUGAUCCCUGAGCAUUUUCAACUAAACUGAAUACUUUGAUCAGAAUAUUUUAUUUGUUCUACUUUGCAAAUAAAACCAAGUAUUUGUCAACAGGGUGAAACUUGUGGUAAAGGAAAGAAAAGAAAUUGGUGUGCAGAGACAAAUUAGAGGGAAAAAAUAUAGUGAAUCACUACCUGUAUUCCUCGGGUAGUUGGUCCUGUUAACUAAGUGCUGUUAUUCCUGACUUCCUGAGGUUGCUGACUUACUUUCUGGAUAUUGAUAGAUGGAGCUGGUUGCUGCAUGUCUUACUGUUUGGACUCUGUUCCAGUGUCUUAGUGUGCCCCUCCUGUAUAACCCCAGCACUCACCAGACUUGCUUCUAUAUUUUUGCUUCCUUGUACAUUCUUACUACAUUAUUUUUGACUUCAAAAGAAUGACAUCUUUAGACUAUCUCAGAGCCAAUAAUGAUAUUUCCUUUAGAUAAUUAUUACAUUAUUCUAAAUAUAGACAUAUUAUUUUGGAUUAAAAUAAAUUUCUAUGCUGAUAACAUUU